AAUAUUCGAUUAUCUCCAUGAAUCUGACGGAGCGCGAUUCAGUCAUCCGUGUCACUUUCUAUAUAGGAAUACUGAAUCAGUCAUUACGUCAUCUUUAGAUCCCAAAGUUGAUUUCUCUUUUGAGUGCCUAAAAAUUCUUCUGUUAAUGUUUCAUUUACGAAAAGAUGAGUGCUGCAUCCCAGUAUGUUCACCUGUCAACAGGAUUCAGCAUGCCACUUGUUGGAAUCGGUACAUUCAGAGUCACUGGACGAGAGAGAAUUCAUAGUGUACUCGAUGAAGCUCUAGACGUGGGGUACACGUCGAUAGACACUGCAGCUGUAUACAGAAAUGAAGAGGAUAUAGGUUAUGCCUUGAAAACACUCUUAGAUAAACAUAAUAUCGAGAGAGAAGAAAUUUUCAUAACCACGAAACUAGCACCAAGUGAAAAUGGAAAUCCCAAGAGAAUCCGUGAAGCUGUGGAGAGGUCUCUGAAGGCCCUUAAUCUCUCCUACAUCGACUUGUACUUGAUCCACUGGCCUGGAGCCGCUGGAAUCCCCGAAGGAGAUAUAGACAAUAUUAAGUUGAGGGCGAAGACCUGGGAGGCACUGGUGGACCUCAAGUCCCAGGGCUUCCUGAGAUCCAUCGGGGUAUCCAAUUACAACAUACGUCACCUCGAAAGAUUGAUGCAAGAUUGCAAAGGGGUUCGCCCUGCAGUUAAUCAAGUGGAGUUGCAUCCCCAUUACCCUCAACGAGACUUAGUCGAAUUUUGUGAACAACAGGGAAUUCAUGUGCAGGCCUACUCCUCUUUAGGGACCAGUACUGAUAACUCGCUCUUAAAGGAUCCAGUAGUUUGUAGAAUUGCUGGAGAACUCAAUGUCUCUCCAGCCAGACUUCUACUCAAGUGGGCUCUGCAGCAGGGAAUAGGCAUAAUUCCCAAAGCAGUACAAAAAAAUCACAUUCGUGAGAAUUUCCAGUUAGAUUUCACCAUUCACGCCACCCAGAUGGCGGAAUUAUCCUCACUACCCCCGCAUAAAUACGCGUGGAACCCUGACAACGUUGUUUAACUCGC